CUGCUUUCUCACGCCCUUUUUCCAUUCCCACCAAGCAAACACCUCUCUCAUAUUGUUCAUAAAAAAUAAUCAAUACCCUUUACAGCUUUCCUCUCUCUCUCUCUCUCUCUCUCUUUGUUUUUCCUGCUCAGGUUUCUCUGUAAAGCAAAACCCAUUUUUGCUCACAUCACAAGUGAAUAUGGUGAAGAAGCGGCUUUGUUGCUGUGGGUGGUUCAUAUUUGUCAGUCAUCUACUGCUAGCAGCUCUUGUUUGCUCCAAGAACCAUGGAAACCCUGCAAAUGAUCUUGUUGAGAUUAUCAACAACAACCGAACAGCCCAUAAACUUUCAAAACUAAAUGACAGUCCUGGACUCGGGUGCAUUGCACUGCAAUAUGCCGAAUUGUGCAAGGGGAACUGCUCUAUCAACAACACUGUAAACUGCAAACCAUCUGAAGAUGACUUCACCGAAGUUUUUGCCCCCGAUUGUGGUGUGGAACUACCAACUUUCAGCACCAUAACUGGCCACAUUGUGGGUUGCCAAUCCAAGUAUCUUGAGCCAUCACUAGCUUUUGGGCAUGUUCUUGUUCGAGACAGCAAGGCUUUAUCAAUUCUGAGAAAUAAAUCACAUACCGAGGUGGGUGUAGGCAUGGUUCGGGUUCAUAAAGGGCCAUUCUUUUGGAGUGUUCUUUUCAGCAGUGGGAAGACAAACUCUACAUUUGUUCUUGAAAAUCGCGGUGCAGGGAUCCAGCAAAAGAAAGGGUGCUAUAGUGGAAGCAGCAUACCAUGCAGUGCAGGACAACAGAAUGCUUCUCUGGUUUUGAACAAUGUUAUGAUCAUGGGUUUUCUAUGUGUUGUUUAUCUUUUGAAACAGUUUCACUUCAAUUUGUAAUUCAUGAAACUGAAAUAUUAAACAAGACGUUGCUCAAAAUUUUGUUACAGAUAAGAUUGAAUUAAGAGAGAGAGAGAGAGA